AAAGGAGAAGAGCAGAAAGCAGAUGAAAAGAUGGUAAAUGAGGAUGAGCAAUUAGAAGAAGAUGAUGAGAAGCAGAAUGAAGAAAAAGGAAGAGAAGAGCAGAAAGCAGAUGAAAUGGUAAAUGAGGGUGAGGAAAUAGAAGAAGAAGAAAAAGAUGAGAUGGUGAAUAAGAGCAAGGAAUUAGAAGAUGAUGAAGAGCAAGGAGAAGAGAUGGUUAAUAAGGUUGGUGGUGUGGUUUUAGGUGAAGAUGAGAAGUGGAUAAAACAGUACAGUAGUUCCCAAACGAUACUCCUAGUUGGAGAAGGAGACUUCUCCUUUUCUGCUGCUCUUGCCACUGCCUUCGGAGACGCUUCUAACAUGGUUGCCACUUCUCUGGACUCUCAUGCUUUUUUGGCUGAAAAUUAUACGAAUGCUGUUUCCAACAUUGCUAUGAUGAGAAGAAAGGGAUGUAAGGUGAUUCACGGAGUUGAUGCUACAGACAUGGCGAACCAUCCAUUGCUAAAAGGCUUGAAAUUCGAUCGUAUAAUUUUCAACUUUCCAUAUGCUGGCUUUUUCAAGACUAAAUCUCGCUCAUCUCAGCUGCUUUUACACCAAGCCCUUAUGAGGCCAUUUCUUGAAAAUGCAGUGAGGAUGAUUGGUGUGGAUGGUGAAAUCCAUAUCACACACAAGUCUAAUGGGUUCCACAGAGAAUGGGACAUAGCUGGGUUGGCAUACCAGCAGGGACUUCAUUUGGUCAAAGCUGAAGAUUUUAAGCUUAGUGAUUAUCCUGGAUAUAACACCAAACGUGGUUUUGGUGGUGAUCUUAAUUUCAAUUGCUAUCCUAGCAAAACUUAUAUGUUUCGGUCAAUUUAGUUGUUCUAGUCAUUCUACUCAUAAUGGGAUUGGGUGAUUGAUAUGAAGUCGCUAGCUUUUUUGA